AUGACUGGCUUUGCCAAAUUCGCCCUCUCAGUCCAGAAAGUCCGGGCCGCGAUCCGAAAGAAAGGCAAGGAAGCCAAGCGGGAAAGACAUGCAAUCGUACCGUCUACGCCGUCCCCUUGGGACCUUCCCGUCGAAAUUCAAAUCCGCAUCUUCGCAUACUGCGGCAUCGUUGAUUUCCAUCCACUGAGACUCGUUUGCAAGGCGUUCUUCCAGCUACUCACUUCCAACGAGCACGAAAUAGUCCGUCAGUAUCUUCGUCUGCGUCGUCACGGCACCCUACCUUCCCCGAUUGACGAUGAUCGCAUCUACACUCGGAACCCGGCGGACGAUGUUGUGCUCUUGUCGGACCUAUUCCCGCCCUCAAAGAGUGCCCGCGGUGGGCAUCUCUACACCUUCAAGUAUUUGCACGGGCUUCGCCGGAGGCAGAUGCUCUGCUCCAGGCUCUGCUAUUACCUUGCCGAUCGCAUUCUCGAUCGUUUCAUCCAAACCGAGCCAGCCGUCAUGAAAGCCUCAUUCCCUUCGAAGCGAAAUGAGCGCAACGCCCUCGUCAAGCGUGGCAUAGCUAGCAUAUGGUUCCACCUCGCUCCAUUGAUGUAUGAUAUCCGCGAUCAAGCUUGGCGGAAGCAACUCGCUGACUUCUCUAGGUACUACACCCUCUACUUCCUCGAAACGUACGCAUCCGCUAGACGAGAGCAUACAAACAUGCUCGUGCAGAAAUACGAGGCAGGAAAACUGCCCGUUCCCUUCCCACUCGAAAUCCGUCAGCGGAUGUACCGUGAACUGCAAACUCGCAUUCUCCAAACACCCCCAUUCACGAACACCGCAGCACUGGUCGCAACGCACCACUGCAUGCACUUGCUUGUCUCGUACAUUCGAUACACAAUGAACUCGGAGGUGCAGGUGGAGACCGACGACUCCUGGAUUAGCUCGUUGCUCACGUUGGCGCCAUUCGUGCGCAUCGUCGAGUUCUUCUCUGCGGAGAUCGGUGAUGGGGGAAGUCAGCGAACCCAGCGCAAAGACUUUAUGUAUAACUUCUAUCACGACAUGACGAUGUACCAAAAGGAUCAUAUGAACUCGGUUGUUUUCGCGCGUGCCUCUGCGCAGAACUUGCAUAGCUCCGUGGAUGAUAUCUGGUUUGCCGCCGCCGAGGCAGAGCUGAGGGCUCGCAAUGCUAUUCCUCAUGAUGUGGAGCAUGUCUGGGUUUGGAACGGCAUACCUAUUGUUUUCGGGUGUCCGCAUUGCCAUCGCACCAGAGGAUGGCAGGCUUGA